CAAGACCGGAGACUCCGUUCCUGGGCCAGCUGUGUAGUAGCCGCGCUCUUUCGUCUAGCCAGGCUGCGUACCGAAUCACAACGGCGCGAACUUAUCUCCGCGCAAGGCUGCAUACCAACAUUCAGUUGACUGUCACCUGUCACCUUCAAGCUCAAAUUGGCUCCUGCUUGAUAUUUACACCGUAUGACAUAUUCACUCGUGCAGUUUGACUAGUUCGUCCACUCAGUGCGCCACACUUUCAAUUCAGACAUAGGUUUUGGGUUCUAUAAAUAAUCAUUAUGCUGACGAUAAACACCGGUGUCGGGGGCGUCACUCCUGCAUUCUACAGUCCACUUUCGACCACAAGCUGGCGAACUUCGUUGUCAUGGCCGCUGCCACAGACAUGGCUAUAAAUAUCCCAGCAGAUUCCAUGUCGAAUCCAACAUAACAAUGAACGCAUCUACCAUCGCUAUAACCUCUACAUUAAAUCUCUGGACAACCGUACGUUCGGUUGGUGCGCUGAAUGUCGCUGGUUCAUUUACUGCACUAUGGGCUUUUGUCAAAGUCCUAAGGGCGCUUCGCCGGCGAUUGAAGACGACUCAACUGCGGAGUCCACCUCGUACCAGCUUCGUAUAUGGCGUUUUGCACGACCUCGAGUCAUCUCAUGAUAGUGGUGCAAUGUAUGAACAUUGGGCGACGCAAUAUGGGGUAGCGUAUAUGAUUCCGAGCGUCCUCGGACAAACGACAAUUGUGCUAUGUGACCCAAAGGCCAUAGCACAUUUUUAUGCCCGGGAGACAUGGAUCUAUGUGCACACGCCCAUUAUGUCGGCAUUGUUAGAGGCAUCGAUCGGCAGAGGGCUCAUCUGGUCUCACGGUGAGAACCACAGGAGGCAGCGGAAGGCCCUUACGCCAGCUUUCAGUAAUGCAGCUAUUCGGAAACUCACAUCAGUGUUUUAUGACUCAGCAUACAAGGCCAAAGGUGCAUGGGACACUGCUAUAGAAUCAAGCAAAGAUGGGAAUACUGUCAUUGAAGUUCAAAACUGGAUGAAUCAUAUAUCUCUGGAUACUGUCGGCAUUGCUGGUUUCUCCCAUGAUUUUGGCUCGCUUGAUGGACAGCACGCCAGCGUGACGGAAGCGUUUGAUACUUUCGGAAACGACUCAAAGGCCUCAGCAGUGAACCACGCUUUUAUGCUGCUCGCGUCAGCGUUUCCUGUCAUUCUCAAGAUCCCCAAUAAGCGGACGCAACUGUUCAACAACCUCAGUGCAACCAUGGGAGAAAUAUCGAACGACUUGUUGAUUCGCAGUCGCAGGGAAAAGGAUGCGAACAUGAUCGAGAGAGACGAGGAGAAGUCCAUCAUUGGAUUGUUGUACGUUUUCCACAUGAUUCAUCUCAAAUCUGAAGGCCAGGAUGCCGAGCUUCGUAUGUCAAAGGAAGAAGUAGUGGCUCAGAUGAAGGUCUUGCUUAUUGCGGGUUAUGAAACAACAUCGAUCAGUCUUACUGUAAGUCUAGUGUCCUAUAACGUCUACUCAGAGGAACUACUUGCGUUUGGUGCUGAUCCGACAUAUGACCAAUUAAAGGCCAAUCUCCCAUACUUGGAUGGGGUUGUUCAUGAGGUUCUACGACUCCAUCCUCCGAUACCCGAGUUCACUCGUGUUGCAGCCGCAGAUGACGUCAUUCCCUUGAGCGAACCUGUGUGCAACGCGUCUGGGGAAAUGACGGACCAUAUAUAUGUAGCGAAGGGGACAUUGAUUACGAUACCAGCUGCGGCGAUCAAUCGUUCUUUUGCCAUCUGGGGACCUGACGCAAAGGAAUUCAAGCCUGAACGUUGGCUGGCUGAAGAGGGCAUCAGUGGGAAGGCCAAGGAAGUCCAAGGUCAUAGGCAUUUGCUGACCUUUGUCGACGGCCCGAGGACGUGUCUUGGAAAAGAUUUUGCGGUUGUGGAAUUCAAGGCGGUUCUAUUGAUUCUGGUGAAGAAUUUCGUAUUUGAGAUGCGGGAUGGACCGGAUACUCAGCUCGAAGUUGCGAGAGGGAUUUUGCCACGUCCGCGGGUUGUUGGAGAAGACGGCAUUGGAGUACCUUUGAAAGUUCGUCGGUAUGAAUGA